CUGCAGUUUCCCAAAGAGAGCCACUGAUAUGAGGGUGUUUGGGUCGAGUUGGAAAGGGUGGAGUUAUGAGCCAUUUCUUAUUUGACCCCGAAAUUUGUAGGUUAAACUAUUUAAAACAAAAAAAAAACCUUCAAUUUUAUAUCUGUUACUGUAGGCCUACAAAUUUUAUACAUUUACAACUCCACCCUUUAUCUCAAACAUCCUUACUAAUUAGAAAACAAUAACGGUUAUAAUGGUCUAGGCAUUCUAAAGAUUGAUGAGCUUCUAUACUGAUAAAAUUAGACUAUGUGAUUUUAGUAAGUUUAAAAUUACUUUCUGAUUUUUAAUCUAUCUAUAAUCCUAAAUAUUAGGAAUUUCUAAACAAGUCAAAAUAAGUUGGAAAAACAACAUGAAGAUAUUAGAUAAGUUGGUCCCAAAGGAAAUGAGAAGAAUUUGACGAAAAAGUUGGUGGGUGAUUCGUGAUUAGCCUUUUAACUUUUAUAUUCUGUCUUUUGAUUUUGUUUUAUUCAUGAAUAGAGUAAAACAACUUCCUACUUUUGUAAUUACGAAAACGAAAUCCCAAAAAGGAAGUGUGAAUAGAAUAGUACAGUUCUGAAAACGUGGGAGAAUAUAUAUGCAACACGUGUCCUACAUAUUUGUCAUGCAGUUGUAUACGUGUUCAAAUUCCACCUCUCCAAGAAUCUCCUUUGCCCAACACAGGCCAUUUCUGAUUUCAAAUCAACUCACGGAAGCUAAAAAUUUUGAACGAAUAACACACUAUAGUACUGCAGCUGAAAAUUGUAGAGACAGAGAGGCAGAGAGGGAGAUGGGAAGCAAUGAAGAUUGGAGGAAAAAUGCAGAUACGCACAAAAUGAAGCCCGAGGAUGUAAAGGCAGCAGGAGUGGAAGCCUCCAAGACGCCUCCAGGGCACCACCCUGGCACAGUCCUACACCAGCGGCGGAGCCUCCCUUACAGCCUCACCACCAUAACCGUUGCCGGUGUCUUUGUCGUUGGAGCCAUCGGAUAUCUUACCUUGUACACCUUGAAAAAGCCUGAAGCUUCGGCAAAAGACGUAGCCAAGGUCGCUACGAAUGUUGCUGUACCUGAAGACACCAAGCCCAGGAAGUAGCCUCCAUUGUUGCUGGUACUGGAUGUGUUUCUUUCUUUAAUGACGUUUGUUCUCUCUCUUUUUUUUUUCCCCUUUUGGCAAAUUGCAAAAAUAGGGUGGUGGUUGAGCCGGGUAAACAUUGGGCCAACAGGUGUUAAAAAUAAAAAAUUUCCUUUCUUCAAUGAAGCCUUCUAUGUUUUUGUGGCAAAUUGCAUAAACACCUCUCAAACUUUCAAAUAAUUGACACUCAAACUUCCACCUGUUUUCAUCAUUUAUAAACUUAAUACAAAAAUGUGCAAUCCAAAACAUGUAGGAGAUGAUUUCCAUAUUAAAAACGGGAGGAAAAAAACGAGGUUCUAUAUUGAUAAAAUUUAUUCAUUCUAUAGAAGAAUCUGAAAAAGAAAAAAAGAAAAAGGAAAAAAAGAAAAAAAGAAAAAAUGAUCUACACGCGUUUUCUUUCAAAAGAUUGAAAAUCCUUUGUCAAUAUGAAGGUAGAUAACAGAAGCCCUGAGAACAAAUGAUCUUAGCUAUGGCAACAGAAUUGUCAUCAUUCAAAAUUGAGUACAACAGGCUACAUCUGAAAGCAUCAUAUAGUAAUCUUCAAUUUCAAAAUCUUACAAGAAUAUAAUUUUGGCAUCCUGCAAAAGUAAAUGGAGCAAUAUAAUGGUCGUCAUCUGCUUCGACUUCAUUAAUCAAUUUUCACUGAUGAGUAGAUGAGCCUUGUGAACCAAAAGCAAGCAUAGAAGCCAAUGGUACCGGUGAGCACAAAGAAUGCGUAUGAAACAAUCAACAUAUAUCCAAAGUA